UUGAUUAACUCAUAUAAGCUUGCAAUGUCCAGCAGGCAUAACUGGACACUGCAAGACAUAACUGGACACUGCAAGACAGAGGAUCCUAGGAUUGUGUCUGGGACUGGAGAUACUGGCUUGUGUCAUUGCACAUUCCAAGCAGAUUACAUGCCAGAGGCUGUGCAUGAAUAGCCCAGGAGUGGGAGUUCUCACAGCAGAGCAGGGUAAGGCUGGCUCCCAGAGUCAAUGAUUGGAGUGACCUAGCAGAUCACCGGUCCACAUAACACCAGAGGGGAACCUCACACACAGUCACUGCAUUUUAAAACUAGCAUUUGAAAACUCCGCAUCCUGUUUAUUGGUGAUACUUCUGCAGUUUCAGUUUUCAGGACAUUACAGCUAAAUGGACCAUGCUUUUGAAAACAAGGAAGCUGUGCAAAAUCCAUAUUUACCAAGCAUCAGAAUCUUGCAAUCAUUUUUUUUUUACUUUAUCAAAUCAUUUUGGAUGCUCAAUAUCUGCUUUUCAAUAUACAGUAUCUUAUUAAAAUUCUUUAUCUUCAUUAACAGAAACAGUUACUGUACUGUUUCUUCAGAAAAGAGCCUGAAGUGGAUGCACAAUAUGUAUAACAACAGUACUGAAGAUCUACACAUGACUGCAACAUGUAACGGAAGGACAACUUCAUCCACAUCGAACGUGGAACGAAAAUUUACAUUGGUUGUUUUGGUAUUACUGGCAGUUCUUAUGGUUUUGUUAGCUCUUAUUACAGUGCUUGGAAAUGCCUUGGUCAUCCUGGCGUUUUUGGUGAACAAAAAUCUUCGGCAUCGGAGUAAUUAUUUCUUUCUUAAUCUUGCUAUUUCAGACUUUUUAGUGGGUGUAUUCUGUAUCCCCCUGUAUAUCCCUUACAUCCUGACAGGGAAGUGGAUAUUUGGAAGAAUUCUCUGCAAACUCUGGCUAGUUGUAGACUAUCUUAUGUGCACAGCUUCAGCAUUUAGCAUCGUCCUUAUCAGCUAUGAUCGGUUCCUGUCAGUUACUAAAGCUGUGACAUAUAGGAUUCAACAGGGAACGAUGUCAAAGACUAUUGGUAAGAUGGUGGCAGUCUGGGUCUUUGCAUUCUUACUCUAUGGCCCCGCAAUCCUCAUUUGGGAACCUGUGGUCGGCUGCAGCAACGUACCUGAUGGAGAAUGCUAUGCUGAAUUCUACUACAACUGGUACUUUCUCCUAUGUGCUUCAACCUUUGAGUUCUUCACACCUUGUAUCUCUGUGGGCUAUUUCAACAUGCACAUCUAUUGGGAUAUACAAAAACGCAAGAGAAAAAGGCUCCAGAGCACAGUCAGUAUCAGCAAACAGGUGUCUGUACCUCCAACAGGAAACAAUGUCUUGAUGGCUGACCAUUGCUCUUUGAAGGAAGAAGUUCAUUCUACUGUUUUAGAAACAGAGGACAGUCUUUCUACUACUUCCAGGUCACAGACGCAGUCACUGGAGACUGACUGUUCACCUCAGUCCAGAGGCUAUUCCAUAACCCCUGACAGUGAUCAGUCAGUAACCCUCAGGGUGAAGACCAGGUCAAAAUUGAACAGGGAUAAAAAUAUUGCAAAGUCACUAGCCAUAAUUGUCUGUGUCUUUGCCAUUUGCUGGGCACCAUAUUCACUACUUAUGAUAAUUCGCGCAGCCUGCUAUGAAAAGUGUGUCAACGAAUUCUUGUAUGAAAUAACAUUUUGGCUUUUGUGGUUCAAUUCCUCUGUGAAUCCCUUCCUCUACGCUCUCUGCCAUGUUAGGUUUCGGAAGGCUUUCAUGAAAAUAUUGUGCCCAAAAAGGUUUUUGGUAUUGCCACCAGCCCUGUCAGUCUCUUCUUAGAGAGCCAAACUAAAAGACUUACAACAGAAGCUCCACCAUCUCAUUUCAGUUAAGCUUGUUAUGAUCUCAUCUUCAAUAAUAUAGUAGAUAUGCUUGUUUCAUAGAUGGCAUUAGUCAAGGAUGCAAUAUGUGAACUUACCAAUAGUUUGAUAAUUUUCAAUGCAUUAGUUUCCUUUUCUCUUGAAAGUACCAUGUUAAAUUCAACAACAACUUUUGCCUAAUUGUGCACUAUCCCUUUAAUUUAUGAAUUUUGUUCUCAGGCACAGAACAUGAUCCCUUUCUUUUAUUAAUACUAUUUAUUUAAAAUUGGGACAACACAAGGCAUAUAUUUUCAAUGGCCGCUACAAAAGUGUUCCUGGGAAAGAGACAUCAGUCUGAAUCACACAUUUCGAUGUAGUUGCCAAGUUUUUAAAGAAUAGAGCAGAUUCAUGCAUCCAUAACUGUCAUUUAAAGGAACAGAAGUUCAACAAAUAUAUAUUUGAAAUGUUACAGAAUCCUUUGGGAGGAGUAAUAUUUUCUUUGCAAGAAUGUUAUAGAAGCCAGGUAAGACCUUCAGGGCAUUACAUGCUCCCCGUAUCAGGGGGUGUGUGUGAGAGAGAGAGACUAAGCCGGCUAACAUAAUCUAACAAGCCUUUUCCAUUUCUAAUUAAAAUAUACUCCACUUAGGUCAAGUGCGUUCUGUGUGCAUGCAAAAUCCCAUUGAGUUCAAUGUGUCAGUAGGCAGCAUUUAAAAUACUUAGGAGAAUAAAGCAAAAUGUCUCCAG